AUGUCUGAUGAAGAAAUUACAACAAAUAAUAUCAUGGAUAUUGAUAUAGCUCCAAAUGAAUCCUCUUCUUCUUCUGUACCAGCAGCAUCAAGUGUUAUACCCAGUGUUGGUAUUGGAGAUAUAUCAGAUUCUGAUGAUGAAGAUAUCAAUGAACCAAUACUAUCAAAAAGUUCAACACCAGAUUCAACAACUCUUCCAACUAUCAUUACAAAAAAACCUUUAACUACACAUAAACCUACUUUAACAAAGAAUAAAUCUUCGUUGGUUACCUAUGAAGCUGAUUCUGAUGAUGAUGAACAUACAGAUGAAGAUGAAGAAGAAGAUAAUAAUAGAGAACAAGAUGGAGACGAUGAUCAUUCAAAUUCAAAUAGUGCAGUUAUAUUACAUGCUAAUGGAGACACUGCUUUUAUUCAAAUUGAAACAACUACAUUUAUUGAAAAAACAAUUGUUACAUCUGAACUUUUAAAUGUUACACCGCUCAAACCAGAAGAAACAUCACCAUCAUCUCGUAUCGAUUUAACACCUACUUAUCCAUUAAUAUUUCCCGAAGAUGCUGACAUUCGUAUACCACCAGAACCUAUCAAAGGUUGUUCAGCUAAACUUGAAAAAAAAUUUGAAGAUUAUUAUAAACGAUUUAAAAAAACAGGUGUCGAUCAAAAUGUACGUAUACAAGAAUUAAAAGAUUUUCGAAAUCCAUGUAUGUAUGAAAAAAUGAUUUCUCAUUUGAAUAUUGAUGAAAUUGGAACGAAUUUUCCACAAGAAUUAUAUGAUCCACAUUGGUGGGGUAAAGAAUCUUAUUAUGAAGAAUUAAGUAAAGCACAAAAACUUGAAAUGGAUCGAAGAGAAAAAGAACGACGAGAACGACCAAAAAUUAGUUUUACACCAGGUGUUAAAAAAGUUGAUCAACUUGGUGUUGGUUCAUCGACGAAUCCUGAUAUAGGUGGUGAAAAACGCAAAACUCGUUUUGAUCAAUGA